AUGGGGAGGCUAUUUCUGAUUGAUCUUAAAGGAAGCUUUUAUAGCUGCAAGUACUGCCGCACCCCUCUUGCUCUCAAAGAAGACCUCCUCUCUAAGGUGACUGCAUAUGAGAAAAGCCAGAAGUACAAGGAAGGGAAUUUUGUCCUUGAGAGGUGUAAGGUGUUGGAUCCUGAUGGACAUCCCUAUGUGCCUAGUCAAGUAGUUCACAAUGGUCAAGAACCUGAGAUUGGCCAAGAAUCUGAGGAUGAUGAAGAACCUGAGAUUGGCCAAGAAGGUUAG